CGGAAAGGGGAUUUUUGCUGUAGCUUUGGCUCAGGUACUUUCUUUUUCUUUUAUAAAAUAAAUACUUAAAUGUGUUUUAUCAUAUAUAUCACAGAAUAGUAUGCGCAAUUUAAACAUUACUUUGAUAUAUUGUUGAAAAAGUUUGAAUUCUGUUACAAUUCAUGUUUCAAAUGGUGUUUCAUUGCUUGCUAAUGUUAGCAUUUAAAGCUAGCCCAGCUAGCUAGCUAUCAAGCUAACGGUAGUCACUUGCUAAGAUUAAAUAACAGCAUUCAGUGAAUCUACAAGUGUUGAAUUCCUGUCGAAUUAGCUUGUUAUAUGUGCAUUUCUAUUCCCAGAAACUGACAACCAGUGUGUGGCUAGCCAGAUGGCUAGCUAGCCACAGUGAAUUGAAACAUGUUGUGUCGAUAAACCCAGAAAGCGGGAAGUAUGCAAAUUGCAAGUGCAUUACCAUAGAAUGGUAUACGCCGUGACAUGAAAAAGCCAUUGUUAACGGUCUCAAAUUAUUAAAGUUGCUAGCUAGCUAAGUAGGGGAAGCGAGUAGCUUGCAACGCUAGUGAGAAAAAGACCCGUCAUGGCUGGUAGUGGUACUCCAAAACCAUGCCUCAUAGUAUUUCGGCACCGUGCUACUGUAGUGGCAGCCGGAUGAGCCAGUUUCACAGCGGCUGCACUCUGUCAUUGCUCAAUGCGCCAUUGCAUUAUGCCUAUCACGCUUUAUAUUAAGGAACACUUCUGUUUUAAUUAUCCUACUUAAUCGCCAUAGUGUCAUGUUUUGGAAAUGCAGACAGCAUCGUGCAUGUUUUACUCCCAUUUAUUAUUCCAGACACUGAUAGUGCCGUAGUGGGAGUGUCCCUGGCUGUUCAAUUGACUGAUUUAUUUUCUAUUUUGGUGACAGCCUUGUAGCUGUUGCACGCUUCACUGUACUUGAGCUUGGUGUCAAGUUGCGUCAAUUCAAAUCUGGUAUAGGAACAAAAAGAGGUCAAUACACGUCUUCUAAGAUAGACUAGUAUUUUAAUUAAUGCAAACACUUGAAUGGUAAAUAUGAUGUUCAUAUAUACGGGCUCACUGAAAAACCACGCAGGGCAGACAGAGAACUGAGCCAUUGUUAUAAGUUCUUCUUUAAAUACUCUGACAGAGAUAGUUCCCGCUUCCUGCUGGGCCUGUCAGAGUAGAGGCUGGGUGUGGUUUAGACCUACCCAACCUAUCGUUGGCGCACAGGCUGGUCCCAGACCCUUGGCGCUUCACUGUUGCCGGGCAUUAGUCGUUAUCUUUACAACUUGUCUCGACCCAGCAACCUCAGACAUAGUUUGUCCUUCUUUGUAGCAGAACACAUGUCCUUGAGCGGUUUAACAAAGAGGCUGUGUGUAUGUGAGUCACACGUCUGUCUCAGCCUACCCCCUAACGGUUCCUCACAUUAAUCACAGCUUGUUAUGUUAAACAAUCUAUAUCAGUACAGCACAAACCUAUUAUGUUUAAUCAUUAAUGUAUUCUUUCUAAGCUAGGCAUCACAUCUAGUUGUAAGAAAAUAGAUCCCCACAUUGGCUAUACAGUACACACCAGACUUUAUCAUUAAAAAAAACAAAUUUAAAAAAUGCUAAAAUUGAUAGGACAUUGAAUAUAUUGACACGAAAAAAAUUGACUAUUUAACUUUUGCAGUACUAUUCAUCAUUAAUAAUCCUGAAUUAAUCGUGAAUAAGGAUGAGUGAGAAAGUUACAGAGGGUCAAAGAUCAUACCCCCAGCCCAAGACAUGCUAACCUUUCACCAUUACCAAUAAUAGGAGAGGUUAGCAUGUCUUGGGGGUGUGAUCUUUGACCCUCUGUAACUCUCUCACUCAUCAUUAUUCACUAUUCAUUCAGGAUUAUCCGUAAUCCUGGUAGCAUCCACAUUAGGUUAAUGUAGAAGUGUUUAGAAACAUAUUCUGUUCUUAUUUACAAUAAAGUGACUCCAAAAUGACACUACAUUAUUUACCAUUCAUUUACAUUGGGCACAAAAUAAUCUGAAACAACCAAAAUGAAGUACAAAUGCACCCAACAAGUUUGUAGUCACAAGCUUGAUGUAGUCAUUGCGUGCUAUGAAUAUGGGACAAAAUACUAAACUUUUGACUACUUUAUUUAUAAGAAUCUUUAGGCGUGUCAAUCAUUUUGACCCCUAACUUUUUGAGAAAAAAAGUAUUACUUGUUAAACAAAAUCUCUUUCUCUGAGCAAUUGUAUUAGUAUAAAGCUCAGUAUUUGAAUUCUUUAUUUUAUACAGUCAUUAUUACUCCUUUUUUUCAAGGGUGUCAAUACUUUCGGACCCCACUGUAUAUCAUUCCAUUCCUUCCAGUUCUCUGCUGCAAAUGACUGGUACGAACUGCAAAAAUCUCUGAAGCUGGAGACACUUAUCUCCCACACUAACUUUAAGCAUCAGUUGUCAGAGCAGCUUACUGAUCACUGCACCUGUACACAGCCCAUCUGUAAUUAGCCCACCCAACUACCUCAUCCCCAUAUUGUUAUUUACAUUGUUAUUUAUUUUGCUCAUUUGCACCCCAGUAUCUCUAUUUGCACAUCAUCUUCUGCACAUCUAUCACUCCAGUGUUAAUACUAAAUUGUAAUUAUUUUGCACUAUGGCCUAUUUAUUGCCUUACCUCCAUAACUUACUACAUUUGCACACACUGUAUAUAGAUUUUCUAUUGUGUUAUUGACUGUACGUUUUGUUUUUGUUUAUUCCAUAUGUAACUCUGUGUUGUUGUUUUUUCUGCACUGCUUUGCUUUAUCUUGGCCAGGUCGCAGUUGUAAAUGAGAACGUGUUCUCAACUGGCUUACCUGGUUAAAUAAAGGUGAAAUAAAAAUACAAUAAAUAUCUCUCUAUUAUGCGUGGGAAUACUUUGGAACAGAUUUCCAAAAUUUAAAUAACUUAGAGCUGGUUUGUUGGUGUUUUUACAGUCUUUUAUGUCCAAUAAUAAAAAUAAAAUGUUUUUUUGCUCAGAAAACUUUGGGGGCCAAAUAAAAUCAGCCACAGGCCAAAUUCGGCCCCAAAUUCGGCCCUGAUUUAGGUUGUCCACCCACUAGUUGAAAAUGCAAUUAGUGACGAAAUGUAACUUCCUUAAUGCAUUUGACCAAAAUAAAUAUGAUUAUUCAUGUUCUGAAGCGUUCAGUGGGGUCUUUCUCUAACAUAUCAUUAACAUUGUCUCCAAAAAGUCGGAUUUCGUAAGCUAAUACAUCCGAUAAUAAGCACAGAGCUCUGUUGACAUAGCGGGGCAGGUUUCUCGUAACAACUUUUGAGGAUUUUACAUUUUGUGCUUGUCGUCUUCAAAGUUGUUUCCGCGGGUCACAAAAUUAGCAUGACACAAGCUGAAUUAAAUGUAAAAGGAUUUUGAAAAUAAAAAGCUUGGUAUACGCUCAGUGCUCUGUUGACAUUUCACAGAGAGACGCUUGUACAGAGAUACGCUUGUUUUCGAAUUAAUAUGAAAAGUGUAUACUAAAAUAUGAAAAUACUACGUCAUGUCUCAAAAUCGAUAUCCAUCUUACCUCAUGUAAUUAUUGCACAGAAUCCUCCAUUGAUUUCGUCACCCUAAUUCUGGCCAUCCUAAAAGGGUAAAAACUCCAAUAACAUUUGAACGGAUUAUGAUAGACAUGAAGUUUGGGCCCAUUGGUUUUACAUUUUAAAAUUGUACAUUUUUAGUCAUUUAGCAGACGCUCUUAUCCAGAGCGACUUACAGUUUAGUGAGUGCAUACAUUUUCUUAGAGCAUUAUCUACACUAUUAACAUAUUAUUUUACCCAUUGGUCAGAAUAUGCGUUUUUGAUUGGACACCCUACCUACAUCAUUGCAUUGCAUUCAAUAUUAUAAUUGAACCUGGCUGACAACCCCAGGGUGAAGGAAGUUUCUGAUGAACUCCACCAACGGAGUGGAGCAGAGAACAGGCUUUGUAGAAUUCAUCUCUGACUACAUCGAUUCGCCCAAGGUUAAUACUUCAAAACAUUUAAAUUAUGAAACCCUUACCUUGUACCUAUGUUUUUCCUCUGUAAUUGCGUGCCUUUCUUUGUUUUCUGAAAUUCAUACUUUUUCAAUAAACGUUAAUCAAAAACCACUGACUGUUUCCUUGUUGAGAUUCAAUUGGCACAUGAGCCCUCUUAGAGCAACAGCAAUGAACAAACAGUCGGUGGUUGUAUUUGACUAAAGUUUAUUGAAAAAGUAUGGAUUUAAGCUGUUGGGUUCUAACUUGAAAUAUGUUACCAUAUUAGAACUGGGUGUAUGGAAAUCUACUGAGUGAGAAAGAGGAGUGCAGAAAGUUUACAUUCUGUCAGAACAUGUUAUUGUUAAAUCUCAUGUAUCCUAUGGAGAGGAGAAGGGCAACAGUCUGGUUUCAGUCACUGAUAAGGUAGGAUAGCCAUGAGUUAGAGAGGAGUGAGGAAUGCGGGCCGAGGUCAGGUCAGAUGAAGUGAGAAGGAACAGUCGCCACUUGAGUUCCUGCCUAGCAACAGAGAUGUAUUGGCUGUCCAGAUGUGCAAGGAGGAGACUGCCUAAAAAGAGGGUAUAAAUAUAUGGGCCUGUGUAAACAUGUCUUUGUCUUUUCAGCUGUUUGAACCAGUGGGUGAAUAAACUUGGUUUUAGCUUUGACUGGUUGUCCGUUAGUUUUUCACUGUUUGUCAGAACCUAACAAAGCAAACAAAGAAAGGCACACAACUACAGAGGAUACACAUAGGUAAAUUGAAGAGUUGCAUAAUCUUUUUUUAAUUUUAUUUUUUAUUGACCUUGGGCAUGUAGUCGGAGCUGAAUUCCACAAAGCCUUGUCUCUGCUCCACUCCGUUGGUGGAGUUUAUAAGAAAAUCCUUCACCAUGGAAUUGAGUUUAGUCAGCUAAAUUGAACCCUGACAACCCCUGACAACUCAUAUCAGUACCACCAUCAUCAUAGUCAGGUAUGUUCCUCAGGUGUUACUUUCCUAAAAAGCUGGUAUUGUCAGUUUCCAUUUUGAUUUAAUUGGAAUACAAAGAAGGCUUCUUCUUGUGUUCUUGGGCCGAUUAUCAGAUGAAAAAUCACUAACAUUGUGCAUGUCCAAUAACCAGCUUUAUUGGACGUGGAGGGAUAUAUUUUCCAUUCUCAACAAAAACUAAAAGUUACUUUUAAAAUGUAAAAUGACAGCCCCCAGCCAAAUGCCACAGUGCUUAGAACACUUUUAUCACAUUUACCCUCUCCUAAUUUCAGAGGCCUCAGGGUGCGUUUGCCACCGCUGUGUGAGCAAACAAUGACGGAGGACAGGUUGAAGGCGGACCCCUCCAAGCGGGAGGGGCUGGACUCAGGAGAGGGAGACACAGAGCCUAGCCUACUGCUGCAGAAACUAAAGAGCAACAUCUCGUAAGUCCCACCCCUCUGUCCACACAGCCACUGCUUAAAUCAUCAAAAUGGACAAUCAAGUAUUGUGUAGUAUCAGCACCCUCUCCAACAUUACCUGCCAUUUAUCUCAUACACCUUAUCCAUCAGUGUCAUUAGAAAGUCUUCAGAAAUGUGUUUGUGUCUAACUGUAAUUGUUGUUUCUUUUCGCAGUAAGAAUGUACAGGGCAAAGUGGACGUUAUCCUGGUGAGUGCCAAUACAUCUUUGCUAUUGCAUUGUGUAUGAAUUGCCUUGUCUAUGAAUGGUUUAAGACCCAGAUUUGCUCCUAUGUCUCGCCUACCCACAGCAAGAUGUGCAGCGCUUCUCUGACAACGACAAACUCUACCUUUACCUCCAGCUGCCUUCUGGCCCCAGUUCAGGGGAGAAAAGGUGAGCAUCAUUAUCAUCAGCAAUCAUUCUGGGUCUGGCACUGUAUGAUUGUCCUCCUGGUGGGACAUAUUUGUAGCUCUUCAGAUGACUGAAGAGGCUGAAUUGUGACCCACAAAUCCCACUGAAGAGGUAUGUGGUGGUAGUGGUUGAUAGUGGUUGAUGUUUAGCCUCUCCUUUCAUUGUUGCCACUUGUCCUCAGUGGCAUGGCUGAGGUCUUUUUCAUGUUGUGCAGCCCCACCGUGGAUGGCCUUCCUCUAUUUGUUUUAUUUCCAUUCAGUCCGUUAGAUAUGCAUUAGGUGUCAUGCAAGCAAGCAUUGAAGCAGUGGUCCACCCAGAGGGGGUAUACUGUACCUACCUACUACUGUACCUACCUACUGGUGGUUUAAGGUUUGUAGAGAAGGAGUUUUGAUCUGGGUGUAAAUGUGUGCUUUUGAGAUGCAGAGAUUCUGCACAGGUCUGCGCAGAUCAACAGAUUUCAGCAGACCAUGCAGAUCUAUGUGUCUCGACCAUGCACACAUCUCCAAAUUCCCCAAACUAUUUUUCUCAGUCUGGCAAUGGCCCCACUGGCACAACUUAGGCGGUGGUGUAUUUCUGCAUCGAUGUCAGCUUUGGAGGAGAGAACACUGCCAAGGUAAGGGAAGAGGUCCACGUUUUCAAGGGUGUUAUUGUCAACAUGUACACACAGAACCUCAAGGAGCAUACAAAGCUCAACAAAGGUCAGAGAUGUACUACAUCUGUUUGACAACCAGUGACCCAGUCACAUAUUGACUUCUUCCCCAGUAACACUUAAAAAUAUUUAUAAAUGCUGCUAUAAGUAGUUUAUAAACUCUUAAUUAUUUAGUUUAUAGUUUAUAAAUCGGUUAAAAAUAGUUCUAACACAAUGAUUGAAAUUGUGUGAUUGUUAUUUUGGUGCUUGCCAAAAUGUGAGUGCACAUUGUUUGUUAUUGCCAGUGCCACAUUGUAUGUUUGAGCAGGAAUAAAACAGAAGCAACAUGAACCGUGUGCUGGCUUUUCAUAUUAUUAUUUGUUUUCAUUGUUGGGGCUCAGCACCAGUUGAGAGGUUUGGGAUGUGCAUAUCUUCUUAAAAAUAUAUAUAUGUUCACUGCCUUAACUACACUGAACAAAAAUAUAAACGCGACAUGUAAAGUGUUGGUCCCAUGUUUCAUGAGCUGAAAUAAAAGAUCCCACAAUGCCACAGAUGUCUCAGGUUUUGAGGGAGCGUGCAAUUGGCAUGCUGACUGCAGGGAUGUCCACCAGAGCUGUUGCCAGAGACCAUAAGCCGCCUCCAACAGCAUUUUAGAGAAUUUGGCAGUACGUCCAACCGGCAUCACAACUGCAGACCACGUGUAAUCAUGCCAGCCCAGGACCUUGUCUGAGACCAGCAACCCGGACAGCUGAUAAAACUGUGGGUUUGCACAACUGAAGAAUAUCUGAACAAACUGUCAGAAACCAUCUCAGGGAAGCUCAUCUGCGUGCUCGUCGUCCUUACCAGGUUCUUGACCUGACUGCUGUUCGGUGUCGUAACCGACUUCAGUGGGCAAAUGCUCACCUUUGAUGGCCACUGGCACGCUGGAGAAGUGUGCUCUUCACGGGCAGAUGGCAGACAGCGUAUAUGGCGUUGUGUGGGCGAAAGGUUUGCUGAUGUCAACAUUGUGAACAGAGUGCCCGUGGUGGCGGUGGGGUUAUGGUAUGGGCAGGCAUAAUCUACGGACAACGAACACAAUUGCAUUUUAUCGAUGACAAUUUGAAUGCACAGAGAUACCAUGACGAGAUACUGAGGCCCAUUGUCGUGCCAUUCAUCCGCCGCUAUCACCUCAUGUUUCACCAUGAUAAUGCACGGCCCAAUGUCGCAAGGAUCUGUACACAAUUCCUGGAAGCUAAAGAUGUUCCAGUUCUUCCAUGGCCUGCAUACUCACCAGACAUGUCACCCACUGAGCAUGUUCAGGAUGCUCUGGAUCGACGUGUACGACAGCGUGUUCCAGUUCCCGCCAAUAUCCAGCAACUUCUCACAGGCAUUGAAGAGGAGUGGGACAACAUUCCACAGGCCACAAUCAACAGCCUGAUUAACUCUAUGUAAAGGAGAUGUGUCGCGCUGCACGAGGCAAAUGUGGUCACAUCAGAUACUGACUGAUCCACGCCCCUACCUUUUUUUUGAAGGUAUCUGUGACCAACCGAUGCAUGUCUGUAUUCCCAGUCAUGUGAAAUCCAUAAAUUAGGGCCUAAUGAAUUUAUUUAAAUUGACUGAUUUCCUUAUAUGAACUGUAACUCAGUAAAAUCUUUGAAAUUGUUGCAUGUUGCGUUUGUCCUGAGCAGCAGCAGCAGUGACCCCAGUUCCUUCAACACAGCUGACCAGCUGCACACCUGCAACUGGAUCCGCAGCCACCUGGAGGAACACGCAGACACCUGCCUGCCAAAGCAAGACGUCUACGAGACAUACAAGUAAGUUAUUGUAAUGAGGCACAGCUGUAACAGUGAAUUAGAAAUGUACUUGUGAACCCGGAAUACCUGGACAUCAAUAAGAAAUACUAUUUUCGCUUUGCUACGGUGUGCCCUAAUGAAAACGACCCAGCUAAUGUUAUGAUCUCUUGCCCCCUAAUCCCCCAGGAGAUACUGUGAAAACCUGCAGCACCGGCCUCUGAGUGCUGCCAACUUUGGGAAGAUCAUCCGUGACAUCUUCCCCAACAUCAAAGCCCGGAGGCUCGGUGGCAGGGGACAGUCCAAAUAUCCUUUCAGUCUGUCAGGAGGUUGUUUUGGGAGGCCCUUUAAGUAUUUGAACACAAUUUUACUUUAACUUGCCGCAACUGCAUUGACACCUGCAAAUUUAGUAUUCAAGCAUUCAGGGAUUCACCUAUACUUCAAUGCAUCUUAUUUGCAUCCUAUUUUUAUAUUGUUGAACAAUGUGGGAAAUGUGGAUAGAAUGAUGCCACCGAGUACAAAGGAUCAAACAAGUAUUACCAUAACCUAUUGAUAAGUGGAGAGGGUGAGGUUCCCCUUUCUGUUUACAGUUCAUCCUUAACUCCUUCGCUGACACGUAUUGUUAUAGUGGAAUCCGCAGGAAGACGGUGCUAAACAUGCCACUGUUGCCAAACCUGGACCUGAAAAACGACCCAGUAUGUAUGACUAGCCAACUGCACUUCCUGGUUAUAUGAUAGGACAUAACUAUUGCUUUUGCUAUAGUUAAGUGCAAAAAUGACUGUCAAUGGUGAUUAAGACUCUUCUUCCAUGAAGUCGGAGCUGACGGAGCUGGUGCAGACCUACAAGCAAGAGGUGACGGAGGCGGCUUGUGAGCUCAUCUGUGAUUGGGCCCAGAAGAUCCUCAAGCGUUCCUUUGACACAGUGGUCGAGAUCGCCCGUUUUCUUGUGCAGGAGCACAUCGUCAACCCGCGCUGCAGCCAGGCUGAACUCGUCACUUCUGCCGUGAUGACAGGUGAGUCUCAGUGUCCUCAUCUCCAUCACACUGUGUUCAGUCAUCUCCAAUACCAUCUGCAACCAUCUUAUGGUUGGAAUUUCUUGUAACCAUCUGUCAUUUUUCUCUGUGUCUCACAGGAGGUCCUGCAAAGCCCCACAAGGUGAUCAAGAAGAACCCAGUACCAUCAAAAGGAGGUGGGCCGGAGACGGAAGGGAGCAGCUCUGAAGCUAAGGUAGCGCAUCAACAAUACCCUUUCAAAGACUAAAUGCAAAGUACAUAAACAUACUUCUCGAAGUUGUAAUAAUAGUAGUAAUAAUGAGCCAUAUCUACUCAUAUAGACUUUAGGUAACACAAUGUUGUUUCUCUCAGAGGGAUAAAGAAGUUGGGGAUCAGUUGUCACCAGGGAAACUGCAGUCCAGUGACAAGCCAACCAAAGGGGCGGAGUCAGUACGCCCGGGGGGUCGUGACCUGCAGGUGGAGGCUCUGAUGAAGCACCUGCCCCGAAUCCUGCCUCGCAGCUCUGUCCCGGAAAAGUCCCAGCUUUCGGUGCGCUCCUCGCCCCCUUCGCUGGCACCCAAAGACGCAGGCGGCGUAAAGGUCAUCACCAUGACUGCCCUGCCCCAGCAGCAAGGGGGCGCUCUCCCCGUCAUGAUCCUCCCCCAGAGCGUCAGCCUAUCCUACCCCGAUAGGGAAAAAGCCCCGCCGGUUACCAUGGCGCCUGUGGCACCAACAUCUGUGGUGCAGAGGGCCCGUGCCGUGACCAAACGGGCCCUCGAGGCUCCGGCUGCAGCCAGCGGGGGCCCCAGGCUGGGAGGCACGCCGGCCAAACGGAAACGAGGACGACCCAGGAAGCCACGGCCAGAGGACACCGCCCCUCCGCAACCGCAACCGCCCCCUCCGCCCCUACCCUCGGUCAACCAAGCCCCUAUCAUGAAGUCCCUCACCGGAGGGGUGAUCCAGAAAGCUUGCUCUUCCUCCUCCUCCUCCCAGGUGGUGGAGGUCGUGUUCCAGGACCAGCAGGCCGUGCAUUCGGUAGCGGACACUGGCGACCCAGAGCACCGGGGCGUGGUGCUCGAGUCUGAACCACGGCCCCUGCUGCUGCUGCCAGGGACCAGCCACGCAAACUGGGACAUGAGCAGGGCCAUGGUAGAGGUCAUCCAGAGGGCCCCGAGACCACCCACCACCAAGAACAACAACAACUCCCAGUCUACCCCCCACCACCGCCUGCCCCUGCCCACUUUGCUGGAGGGUCGAGGUGAGGUGGAGAUCACCCUCACCCCCAUGGAGCCUUCGGACGAUCUGCCGACCCCCACCGCCCAGGGUAGCUCGGAGGGCCACCCCGCGCCCGAUGACAGCUCUAAGGUUGAAAGACCC